AGCUGCCGGCUCAGAGAUGUGGUCACUGCCACUUCCAGCUUAGUUUUCAUCAAAUUCUGUAAUUUCUUCAAAAACAAUUCAUGCUGAGAUUAAGAAGAUAAACGGUCCUUUUUGAAAGAGUUCUACCAAAAUAAUGUUGGCUCAAUUAAGAAACAUCAGGGAGAUAAAUUCAACCCAGUGCUUUUAAAAAAUGACUACGAAACGAAGUUUGUUUGUGCGGUUGGUGCCAUGUCGCUGUCUACGAGGAGAAGAGGAAACGGUCACUACUCUAGAUUAUUCUCAUUGCAGCUUGGAACAAGUUCCCAAAGAGAUUUUCACCUUUGAAAAAACUUUAGAGGAGCUCUAUUUAGAUGCUAAUCAGAUUGAAGAGCUUCCCAAGCAACUUUUUAACUGUCAGUCUCUACAUAAACUAAGUUUGCCUGACAAUGAUUUAACAACAUUACCAGCAUCCAUUGCAAAUCUCAUUAAUCUCAGGGAACUGGAUGUCAGCAAAAAUGGAAUUCAAGAAUUUCCAGAAAAUAUUAAAAAUUGUAAAGUUCUGACAAUUGUGGAGGCCAGUGUAAACCCUAUUUCUAAGCUCCCUGAUGGGUUUUCUCAGCUGCUAAACCUGACCCAGUUAUAUCUGAAUGAUGCUUUCCUUGAAUUCUUACCAGCUAAUUUUGGCAGAUUAACUAAACUCCAGAUACUAGAACUUAGAGAAAACCAGUUGAAAAUGUUGCCUAAAACCAUGAAUAGACUGACCCAGCUGGAAAGACUGGAUUUGGGAAGUAAUGAGUUCACAGAAGUGCCUGAAGUACUUGAACAACUAAGUGGAUUGAAAGAAUUUUGGAUGGAUGGUAAUAGACUGACUUUUAUUCCAGGGUUCAUUGGUAGUUUGAGACAGCUCACAUAUUUGGAUGUUUCUAAAAAUAAUAUUGAAAUGGUUGAAGAAGGAAUUUCAACAUGUGAGAACCUCCAAGACUUCCUCUUAUCAAGUAACUCCCUUCAGCAGCUGCCUGAGACUAUUGGUUCAUUGAAAAAUGUCACAACUCUUAAAAUAGAUGAAAACCAGUUAAUGUAUCUACCAGACUCAAUAGGAGGGUUAAGGUCAAUAGAAGAACUGGAUUGCAGUUUCAAUGAAAUUGAAGCUUUGCCUUCUUCAGUUGGGCAGCUCACAAACAUAAGAACAUUUGCUGCAGAUCACAAUUUCUUACAGCAGUUACCCCCAGAGAUUGGAAACUGGAAAAAUAUAACUGUGCUGUUUCUCCAUUCUAAUAAACUAGAGACACUUCCAGAGGAAAUGGGAGAUAUGCAAAAAUUAAAAGUCAUUAAUUUAAGUGACAAUAGGUUAAAGAAUUUGCCUUUUAGCUUUACAAAGCUACAACAGUUGACUGCUAUGUGGCUCUCAGAUAAUCAGUCUAAACCUCUGAUACCUCUUCAAAAAGAAACUGAUUCAGAUACUGAGAAAAUGGUGCUUACUAACUACAUGUUCCCUCAGCAACCCAGGACGGAAGAUGUUAUGUUCAUAUCAGAUAAUGAAAGUUUUAACCCUGCACUGUGGGAAGAACAGAGGAAACAGCGGGCCCAGGUGGCAUUUGAAUGUGACGAAGAUAAAGAUGAAAGAGAGGCGCCCCCCAGAGAGGGAAACUUGAAGAGAUAUCCAACACCAUACCCAGAUGAGCUUAAGAAUAUGGUCAAAACUGUUCAAACCAUUGUACAUAGAUUAAAAGAUGAAGAGACCAAUGAGGAGUCUGGGAAAGACAUGAAACAUGAAGAUCAGCAAGUCUUAAAUAAGGAUUCGGGUGUGAAGACUUCAGAAAGUACUACAAUGAAAAGCCAACUCGAUGAAAGAGAAAAAUACAUGAAUUCUGUACAGAAGAUGAGUGAACCUGAACCUGAGACCAGCCCUGGAAAUUUGCCAGUGAUUGCAAAUAGGAAAGUGUCUGGGGACCUAAAGCAUAUUGUUAACCAUGAUGAUGUUUUUGAGGAAUCUGAAGAACUUUCAUCUGAUGAAGAAAUGAAAAUGGCAGAGAUGCGACCCCCAUUAAUCGAAACCUCAAUUAACCAGCCCAAAGUUGUAGCACUUAGUAAUAACAAAAAAGAUGAUGCAAAGGAUACAGAUUCUUUAUCAGAUGAAGUCACACACAAUAGCAAUCAGAAUAACAGCAAUUGUUCGUCUCCAUCUCGGAUGUCUGAUUCAGUUUCUCUUAAUACUGAUAGUAGUCAAGACACCUCACUGUGUUCUCCAGUGAAACAAACUCCUAUUGAUAGUAACUCCAAAAUCAGGCAAGAAGAUGAAAAUUUUAACAGCCUUUUACAAAAUGGAGAUAUUUUAAACAAUUCACCAGAAGCAAAAUUUAAAGUUAACGAUAAAAAGGAUUUUAAGUUGCCUGAGUAUGAUUUGAAUAUUGAAGAGCGGUUAGUUCUGAUUGAAAAAGAUGACUCAAAAGCCACAUCUGAUGAGUCUCACCAGUUAGACCAUAUCAACAUGAACCUUAAUAAACUUGUGACAAAUAAUACGUUCCAGCCAGAAAUAAUGGAGAGAUCAGAGACGGAUAUAGUGCUUGGAAAAGGCGUUUUAAGGUUUCAUCCUAAAAGUGAGGCUCAGCAUAUAGAAAAUGGAAAUAAGUAUCCGAAUUUGGAAUCCAUAAACAAGAUAAAUGGUCUUUCUGAGGAAUUUCCACAGUCUUCUGGUAGGAUUGAACCACAGAAUUCCAGUUCUUCUGCUGAUGUGGGUAUUUCUAAAAGCAUUGAUGAUCUCUCCCCUCAGAGAAGUGGUCCAGUCGGAUCUGUUGUGAAAUCUCAUAGUAUAACUAACAUGGAGACUGGAGACUUGAAGAUCUGUGACAUCCUUAGUGAUGAUGACCCUCAGCCGCCAAGUGCAGCAGUUAAGAUCGCAUCUGCCACAGAUGGGAAAAACAUAGUGAGGAGCAAGUCUGCCACACUGCUGUAUGACCAGCCGCUGCAGGUGUUCACUGCAUCUUCCUCGUCUUCUGAUUUAAUGUCUGGUACAAAGGCCGUUUUCAAGUUUGAUUCAAAUCAUAACCCUGAAGAUCCAGAUUUAAUAAGAGCCCCCAUAGUAGCUGGCCCGCAGUCUACACCUCAACUAUAUGGUCCUCCACAGUAUAACGUCCAGUACAGUGGCAGUGCUGCAACCAAAGACACCUGGUGGCACCCCAAACAGAAUUCACAAAUAGACCCUGUCAGUUUUCCUCCUCAGCGCCUUCCUAGAUCAGAGAGCGCAGAAAAUCACAGUUACAUGAAGCAUUCUGCCAAUAUGAAUUUCUCUAACCAUAACAAUGUUAGAGCCAAUACUGCAUACCAUUUACAUCAGAGACUUGCUCCAGCCAGACAUGGAGAAAUGUGGGCUGUAUCCCCAAAUGACCGGCUGGUUCCAACAGUUACUCGGACUGCAGUUCAGCGACAGAGUAGUGUGUCUUCAACAGCUUCUAUAAAUAUAGGUGAUCCUGGUCUCACAAGGCGUACUCAGAUUUCUGAAGGAGAUUAUUUAUCAUACAGAGAGUUACAUUCAGUGGGAAGAACACCAGUGAUGUCAGGGUCACAGAGACCACUUUCUGCACGGGCAUACAGCAUUGAUGGCCCAAAUACGUCAAGGCCUCAGAGUGCCCGACCCUCUAUUAAUGAAAUACCAGAGAGAACUAUGUCAGUUAGUGAUUUCAAUUACUCACGGACUAGUCCUUCAAAAAGACCAAAUGCAAGGGUUGGUUCUGAACAUUCUUUAUUAGAUCCUCCAGGAAAAAGUAAAGUUCCUCAUGACUGGCGAGAACAAGUACUUCGACAUAUUGAGGCAAAAAAGUUAGAAAAGAGUAUGCUGUCAAGGUCCUUUAAUUCCACUCUUACUGCUGUAAGCAGCUCUCACUAUGGCAGCUCUAGGGAUCUGCAUGGCAGCCAGGGUAGCCUUGCCCUGAGUGUUGCAGACGGAAGAGGUUCUGGUGGGCACAUUUUUCGACAUCCCCCGACAUCCAGUCCAGGAGAUUCUUGCCAAGAUGAUAGAUUGAUUUCAGGAGAGCAGAACUACUCACCAGGUGCACUUAGUCACAAAGAUCUUCCAGACAGCUUGAUGAAAAUGCCUUUAAGUAAUGGACAGAUGGGCCAGCCUCUCAGGCCUCAGGCAAAUUAUAGUCAAAUACAUCAUCCCCCUCAGGCAUCUGUGGCAAGGCAUCCCUCUAGAGAACAACUCAUUGAUUAUUUGAUGCUGAAAGUGGCCCACCAGCCUCCAUAUACACAUCCCCAUUGUUCUCCUAGACAAGGCCAUGAGCUGGCAAAGCAAGAGAUUCGAGUAAGAGUAGAAAAGGAUCCAGAACUUGGAUUUAGCAUAUCAGGAGGUGUCGGGGGUAGAGGAAACCCUUUCAGGCCUGAUGAUGAUGGUAUAUUUGUAACAAGGGUACAGCCUGAAGGACCAGCAUCAAAAUUACUACAGCCAGGUGAUAAAAUUAUUCAGGCUAAUGGCUACAGUUUUAUCAACAUUGAACAUGGACAAGCAGUGUCCUUGUUAAAAACUUUCCAGAACACAGUAGAACUCAUCAUUGUACGAGAAGUUUCUUCGUAAGCACUGUAGACAAAAAAUAAAUAAAAGAAGAUUUAUUGGAAGACACUUGCAGGGGAAAUGACAAUUUUGCUUAUUUUUAUAUAUAAAGAAGAACCCAGACAGUUGGCGUGGAGCUUGUACAUUACCGAAAUAACGGAGCUUGUGGUUAGAGGGAAAGAACCACUGUACAGAAGAUGAAAGAGACUGUUGCAUUCAUAUAUGAAAUUUGUUGUUAGGUUUUAAACUCAGCAAAUCAAGGCUACAAAAACAAAAUUAGGUUGUUUUUGUAUAGAUUGUAGGUUUAUUUUUGGAUUUCAUACACAUGACUGACUGUACGCAAGGCGAUAGUUAGCCUUGAUUGUAGCCCAGAGACAGAUGGCAGAGCUAUCUAUCUCAUAGCUUUUGUGCCCUUAUUUUUAUCCAACUGGUAUUAAUGUUUUUUCUGCCGAACUACUUCUUUCCAUGUGGGUAAGAGAUUUGAAGUGUUGGCUUUUGCUAUGUGCAUACUGAAGAGUGGCUAGAUGAAGUUGGUGCUGAUGGGUUCACUUUCCGAGGCCGGAUUAAAACAUUAUUUCCUAUAAAAUCUGAGGCUAACAGUGAAAAAAAGUUAUCUGAUAAUGUAUUUUUAUUAAUAGGACAAUGCAAUAAAAUACAUGUCUUUUUAAAAGACAAUAAUUGCAUUUUUGAGCUCUACAUGAUCAAUUCUUGUUGUAGCUGUUGACUAUACAUUUGCUACUGGUGAGUCAAUUUCUAAUUUUUUUAGUUACUGAAGUUUUUAACUUUAAUGUAGAUGCAUGUCUACGCAUUUCCCUUACUAUGAAGUUCCCUGAUUUUUUUUCUUUAGCAAAUGGUGGUACUUGCAAUCUUAUAAUUUUUAUAAUUAGUUUCCAUCAUAAUCUAAUUUAUAAUUUUUUGUUUCAAGAAGCAAAUGAAACUAAAAGGCCAGUUUUAAGAUUAUGUAUGUAGCUUAUAACACAGUGUCAGAAGGUUUAGGAAAGCCUCUUGAUUUUGUUCGGCCUGGCAUUGCCUUGGUAAAGUGAAUGGAAACGUGAAGUGUGCAUGGAGCUAGGAAACCAAAGCAAGUCUGAGACUGGCACAGGGACAGAGAAUUGCUGUGGGGAGUUGCAGAACAAAGGGAUGGUCCUUGAGGCCUACCGGUGUGUAAAGUGUCCAGAUAAAGGGCUGUUCCUACAGAUACACUCAAUGUGAACUCCACACUUCAGAGUCAAAGGGUUUCUAAAUGUGUCAGCGUGCUUAAUAGUGUUACCACCAAUUGCCUUUGUUCCCGUUACUGUAGCAAGUAUUUGAUGAUGGAGGUCAUUAAUUUUGUUUAUAUUCAAAUCAUUGAUUUUAUUUGCUUUUGUUUUAUGUAAUCAAAUAAAAUUUGAAUGACAUGCAGGGGUAAGAAUUAAUGCAUGGUUAUUUGGGCCAGAAGAAAGUGCCAUAGGAGACCAGCAACUGUUUUUAGUUGAGGCUAGUCUGAAAACUUUUGCUAGAGCAAUAGUCAGUUCUUGAAUUCAUUUUUUAAUUUCUGAGAUGCAUAAUUUGGGUAUUUCUAAUGUGUAUGCUUUUUGCUUAGUUGAGAUUUUUUUAGAGGACUAGCUAAAACACCACCUGCAUUAUUUUUACAAAAUGAGUGGGAAACAUUUCCAUUCCUAGUCAGAAUAGUCAGCACUUUUAAAAAUAUUGGAGCUCAAAUAUUGCACUCCUUUCAAGCUGUUAUAAAUUGGGCAUUGUACUGUAUAGUUUUAAUAAUCUUGAUUGAAACCCUUUAACAACUUUGUAAAUUUUAACUCAUUUUAGUUGAUUUUUCAGUACUAUUUACAUAGGAAUUGAUUUUUAUGAAUAUAGUAGAAGAAAUGUGCUGUAUUUUGAUAAAAUUCACUUGUAUGUGUUGUAAUCUCUAAAACAAAGAAUGACAAACAGCUUCUUUAAUAUGUCUCAGUGUUCCCUUUAUUCUUAUUGUAUGUCGGCAUUGUAAGAUAAUCAGACUCUCCCUUUAUUGACUUCACAUUUUCACAAUCACUUUUAAUUAAGCAUAAUUAGGGCUGGAGAGAUGGCUCAGAGGUUAAGAGCACUGGGUGUUCUUCCAGAGGACGUAAAUUCACUUCCCAGCAAACACAUGGUGGCUCACAACCAUCUGUAAAUGAGAUCUGGCGCCCUCUUCUGGCAUGCAGGCAUACAAACACCCUGUAUACAUAAUAAAUAAAUCUAAAUAUAAAAAAUAAUUAAGCAUAAUUAAAGUAGAUAUAAUUACACAGUUUUCAAUGAUCUGACCUUAAACUAGAAUUUUUAUUUUAAUUUUGCAAAAGGAGUUAGGCUUCACAGAACCAGGGCUUCCUCUGUGAUACACUCUUCAUAUUCCAUUGAGAUAUUAUGAGUACAACAGAUGUUAUAUGCACUAUUAUUUUAGUCCACUGUGGUUCCUUUUAAUUUUGGUAUAUUCUUGAAAGUUGAAUAAUCAAGUUUGUUGCCAAAGUUUGGAAUAAUAUAUAAUAUAGAGUAAAAGAAAAAUUCUAAAUAGUAAAAUGUUACACUUAAACUAAUACCCAAAGUUUUCUUACAGAAUAUAGGGGGUGGAGUGAGACUUAAAAUUACUCUUUGUGAGAAUUACAAAGUUUGAGUAAUAAUCUGUAUCCUGUGAAGAAUUGCAGAAGCCAUUCUUAGUUUAUAUUGUUUAUUAAAUUGUAGUAACAGCCAUGCUCAAAACUUACUUUGACUACUACUGUGCAACAGGUUUUCAAAACCUGAAUUACCUUGUUUGUAGUAACUGUUUAAAUGUGGUGCUCCAAUUAGUAGAGAAUUGUACCAGUCAGGAUGAUCAUUGAGGGGCUGGAGGGGACACUUGAUCUGGAAGUUACUUUCCUCAUGAGAUAAGAACCUAGGUGUGGGUCUCUAGGACCCACAUAAAAUGCCUAAGCGUGGCAGUAUAUGCCUGUAAUUCCAGCUCCAAGGAGACAAAGAGACAGGGACUCCCUGAAGCAUACUGUCUAGCCAGUCUAGCAGACUCUGAACUUCAGGUUCAGUGAGAGACUCUGUCUCAAAAAAAUAAAUAAAUGUAAGGUGAAGAGCUAUUGAGAAGAUACCCAGUAUCAGACUCCAGCCUAUUCACAUAUGUACAUGCACAGUUGCAUACAUAAACAUGUAUGUACCGUAUUGUAUUCUGGUGUUUGUUUAAACUUGGUUCCUCUGCUUGCUGGAGUAUUCAGAAAGUGUCAAUCAGUACCAGGUGCCUUAUUAGUUUCCUUCUCCUGGUUGUAACACAGUCGGCUUAAGGGCUUAUUUUGGCUCCAAAUUUGAGGGUCAUUACAGAAAUCUUAGCUAGAGCGUGAGGCAGUCAUCACACUGCUUCUGCAGUUCAGAAGCAGAGAGAAUUGAAUUCUGGAAUUCAGCUUACUUUUACACUUUAUCCAAUAUGAAACCCUACCCUGUGGACUGUUCCCCCGCCCCCUAGGGUUGUGUCUUCCUUCCCUAGUUUAGCUCUUCUGGUUCCUCAAAGACACACCUUGGGGUCAUUCUGAAUCCAGCCAAGUUGGCAGUAGGGAUAUUUGCCUGUCACAGUAUCUAUUAAGGUUUAGCAUUUUGGAAAUUUCUUACUCUUUUUGGCCUGUUUUGUUUUUUUAACCUUUUCCUAUCUGAAGUUUUGAAGACACAAUUACAGCGGUUCCUUACAAGUUUUAAAUACUGAUUUCUUAAAUUUUGAUAUAGGAGUACUUGAAACAGAGUUCUGGUAUGUGACCCAGUAAGUCUGCAAAAUCAGUAUGUAGCUAGAGCUAUGAAUCUCCCUGCCUCUACUUUCUUAGUGCUGGCAUUGCUCGCUUGUGUCUCAGUGUCUGGACUUCUUAUUGUAGACAUAAACAUGUCCCAGUCCACAGUAUGGUCACCAUUGUUGUUAGUAUCUUGUUUUUUUUGUUGUUGUUGUUGUUAAAGAUUUAAUAUGCAUAUGAUCAAAUCUUAUUUAUACUUCAUUAUUCUUAAUAAAAUCUUUAUGCCCAA